UACUUAUGGACAAGUUGAACAACAAUAAAUUAGUAAAAAGAUUGAAUCUUUAGUACCUCUACUUUAUCAGUGACAAAGGUCAAUGUCCUUUGUUGAAGCUUUUUCAUCCAUGGAGUCCAAACCAAAAAAGCUUCACCUUUUUCUGCUCAUCUUGUUACUCACCAGUCUUUUUACCUCAUCAGCAUCAUCAUCAGUAACUCUGCAAUCUUUUUUUCCCAAAGAAGCCUUACCAACAAAAUCUGGGUACCUAACAGUUAACUCAACAACUGGUUCAGCCAUUUUUUACACUUACUAUGAAGCCCAGAAACCAAGAUUUGAUCUUUCUGAAACCCCAAUUAUCAUUUGGCUUCAGGGUGGUCCUGGAUGUUCUUCCAUGCUUGGGAACUUUUAUGAACUUGGCCCUUUUCGUGUUUCGUCUUCUCUGAGGCAAAAUGUCGAACAUCUUACGCUCAAACCUAAUCCUGGUUCAUGGAAUCGUUUAUUUGGGGUACUUUUUCUUGAUAAUCCUAUUGGAACUGGAUUUAGUAUUGCUUCAAAUCCAGAAGAGAUACCAAGAAACCAACAUGAUGUUGCUAAACAUCUUUUUAUUGCUACAAGGAAGUUUGUUGCAUUAGAUAAGUUGUUCGAAAAUCGACCAAUUUACCUUACUGGUGAAAGUUAUGCUGGAAAAUAUGUGCCUGGAUUUGGGUACUAUACACUGAAAAAGAAUGAAGGUUUGCCUAAAUCGCGACGGUUGAAUUUAGCUGGGGUUGCUAUUGGAAAUGGACUGACGGAUCCGGAAGCUCAAGUGGGGACUCAUGCUGUAAAUGCUUACUAUUCUGGAUUGAUCAAUGAGAAGCAAAAGGUACAAUUGGAGAAACUUCAAAUGGAAGCAAUUAGACUUACGAAAAAUGGCAAUUGGAGCGAGGCAACGAGUGCUAGAUCAAGGGUGUUGAAUACGUUGAGUAAUAUGACAGGGCUUGCGACUUUAUAUGAUUUUAGAAAGCUAAAGCCUUAUGAAGAUGAAUUGGUGGCUAAAUUUCUUAGCAAUGUAGAGAUUAAGAGGGCUUUAAAUGCAAGAGAAUCGAUAGUUUACGAUAUAUGCAGUGAUGUAGUAGGCAAAGUGUUGCACGAGGACGUGAUGAAAAGUGUGAAGUACAUGGUGGAGUUCUUGGUUAAGAAUACUAAGGUGUUGUUAUACCAGGGGCAGUGUGAUUUGAGAGAUGGAGUGGUGUCAACUGAGGCAUGGAUGAAGAAGAUGAAGUGGGAGGGAAUUGGAAAGUUUUUGGAGGCGGAGCGGAAUGUUUGGAGAGUGAAUGACGAGCUCGCUGGAUAUGUGCAGAAGUGGGAGAAUUUGACUCAUGUUGUGGUGAUGAAUGCAGGGCAUCUUGUGCCUACCGACCAGGCAGUGAAUUCUCAGGCGAUGAUCGAAGGUUGGGUAUUGGAAAAGGGAUUGUUCGCCACAAGGCUCAAGCAAAAGUCAACCAAUAUGGGUAAAUCACUUUGAGUUCUCUGUUGCAUGUGCUACUAUUCUGUUAGUUGUACUAUGACUUCCUAGAAAUUUGAGUUUUAUGUUUGUUGUAUCCUUACACGUCAUUUGAAAUGUCUUAAAUAGAAAUAAAAGGUAAAACUUUCUAAGAAAUGUUUGGAGUGCAUUUCGCUGUCAAUAAUUUCUCUA